UCAACAUCACAAAACUGAGUAGUGAUCCCGAGCUGAUAUCUCGCUUACUCAGACUACAUAUCAUCCCAGGAACCGAUAACCUUGCCGAGGGUGCAGAGUUUUCAACUUUAUUAUCAGACAAUGCCAAGCUGGUUGUGAGAAAGAACAUCAUACACGGUGGAUACGAUAUAGAAGUUAAGGGAUAUUACAGUUUAAUAGACAGGGCAAGGAUCACUGGUGUUGGUAAGACGUGGAACGGCGGUGCUGUCUAUGAGAUAGACAAGGUCUUGUUACCCGAACAUAAUUCAUUUAAUGUCGGAAUCAUGUAUUUCGGACUCAUCGUUGGAUCAAUACUAGUUGCCAUAUUUAUAACUUCGGGUGGUGGAUUAGGAUACCACCAUUAUCGACAAUAUCAAAGGAGAAGGGCAGGCUAUGAACCGAUAGCUUCGUAG